AACUCAUUACUUUAGAAGAUGCGAUGUCUUAUAUUCCACCUCGAAUUACCUAUUCUCCUCAUGGAACUUUCUCAAAAAAUACUACGAAAGGUACAUAUUCUAAACGAUUUAAACCUGGACAAUCACGACUAAAUGUUUAUGAUACGAAUUUCAGAGCAAAGGAUAAGACAGAAUCUCUACUACUAUUAGGAUCACCAACAGUACUCAAGGCAUAUGUGGUUUUUACUCAACUUGCUAAAGACA